CAAAGUAAAUAUUCUGAACUUUAAUUCAAACACAAGAUCAAAGUACAGACACACACACAGUGGAAUCUCAGGAGGGUUUUGAUGAUGAGAGUGUGUACAGACGACAGCAGCUCUGCUUCUGUGGGAAAUGACGAGUUUGAGAAUCCAGACACCAGUGAUGACGCACACUUCUGGAGGAAAGAGUCUGUGCGCAGGUUUACAGGUGUGUCAUCUGUUGUUCGCUCUGGUUGGCACAUGUGUGCUGUGUUCAGUGUUACUGCCUUAAUACUGCUCGUCCUGAUCAUCACCGUAUCUGUCGGCCAUGUGAAGUUUGAGAGUAAGUUCUCAGCGACAGAAACAAACAUGAAGAACUUCAGCCAAACGCUACUGACCACCCUUACCAGAACCAAACAUCUAGAGGAGUACGGGCAUAAAGUUCAUUCAGACAUCAGCAAUCUGGAGUUUAACCUUCAAACACUGCAGGGACAGAUAAAUGACAUGUCUGAUGCGUUACAGAUUCUUCACAGCAAAGCUUCAGAGCUCAGGUGUGAAAUCAACAAGAUGAACAACAGUACACAGGAUCAGUGUUGUGCUGAUGGAUGGUUUCUCUUCUCCUCUCACUGUUAUUUCUUCUCUGAUGAUGGGAUGUCGUGGAGCUCCGCCAGAACUCAGUGUGAAAGAAAGAAAGCACAAUUACUCGUCAUAACAAACAAACUAGAGAAGGAGUUUGUGGUCAGUAAGACUACGCCUCUCUUUUAUUGGUUGGGUCUGACUGAUGGACGGACGGGUGAGUGGGAGUGGCUGGACAGAACACCAUACGUGAUGCUGAGCAGUGAAUGGAUGCCGGGACAGCCGGAUGACUGGCAGGCUCAUGGUUUGGGUGGAGGUGAAGACUGCGCUCAUUUUCAUCACGACGGCCGUUAUAAUGAUGACCACUGCACACGACACUAUCGAUACGUCUGCAAAAGACAAGCAACCUCCGUCUGACACACAACACCUCACAUCCCAUCAGAGUCAAGGUGUAUGACUGUUUACACAAAUGCUCUGAAAUGUUUUCAUUUCCUUUGACAUUAAUCAUGAGAUGUGUGUUGAAUGGUGACAUCCAGACACACAGAUGGAUGUUUAGAGUUUAGUCUCGUGUGAUUGUGAAAUUAACAAUUUAAAGAAUGAUUUCUGCAUCUGAACAUCUGAACAGACAGAACGUUUGAAUGUUCACAUCUGGUGAUGAUCAAUCUUUAAUGAUGUGUUUGAUGUUCUUUUGUGGCUUUGAAUAAAAACAUCUGUGACAUGA